AUGACUAACAUUAUUGAGGAAUCUAUGAUAAUUAAUCGUCUUACUUCUCCAUAAAAAUUAAAUAAUCCAAAUUAAUCCCCCUUGCGUCUAACUCCAAUAUUACCCAAUUCCUAUAAGCACUCAAGCAGAUAAAGCAGCAAAGCCAAUUUACUGGAUAUUCACAAUCAUAAAAAUGUAGAUCAAUAAGAUUCAGACAAUGUGGCUAAUCCCAUGAGUAGUCAGGUAGAUUUAACACAAGAUGAAGCCAAAGAGAAUGACAUAGAACUUGAUGUCAAGUAAGUCUUAACUGAAAUCAAUGAUCAACAAACUAAUUCGUAUCAAAAUCUGGAUGAAAUUCAACCUGAUACUCAAUCCUAACAGCCUCAAUUAAUUGUCAUGUAAGCCGCAAAUACAAUUCAGAAUUAGAUUCAGAAACACAAAUAAAUAAUCAUUAAAAACCCUCAGAUUGGUAACACAAUCUAAAAUCAACAUCAUUAAAAACCAUAACAAAUAGUGGAGAAGGAGGAUAUUCCCCAAGACAAUAAUAAAAACAAAUCUCUUGAUAGGUAAAUGAUCGAAAAUUUAAAAGAAAUUUACUCAUUUUACUCCAAAUAAGCAAUUACAACAAAUAAAUACAAUACAUUUGAGAAGCUCCAAUAAUUGUCAAACAUUAUGAUAUUAUAAAAAUUCAUGUUCUUCUGUAGAGAUUUUGAGCUGAUUGAUUUAGAAAUUAAUAAUGAUUUGAUUUUAAACCUAGGAGGUAAAAUAGAUGAUCUAACAAAUAAGAAGAAAAAUCAGUUUAAAUUCAAUCAUAAACAAAAUUUUAUCCUAACGAAAUUUAACUUAGUAGAAGUUUACAAAAAAAAUGCCAAUUCUCAAAUGGAGUUGACCAAAGAAAACUUUUAAAUUGUUAUCAUAAAAAUUGCGUAAUUGAUUUUUCCUGAUCAAAAUGAACUCUUGUAUGAAUACUUGGGUUUAAACAAUCCUAGAUUAUAUAGAAAGAAAAUGCAAAUCAUAGGUAAGCCAUUUAAUUCAAAAGAACAAGGUGAAGUACUCACAUAAGAAAAACUGUAUGAACGAAAAAUUUAUUUACCUCCGAAACCGAAACUAAGAGUUGAAAGUGUAAAAAAAGAGAGACUGGUUAUUGAAUAAUAAUUUCCUAAAGUUAAUUUGACCUAAAGAUGCAAGAGGAAUUUCAAAUAAAUGGAAUCUGCUUUGAAGGAUGGAAAUGGAAUUAAUUGGAGUGAUUUAGAUGAUUUAUAAUCGCAUUUUGAUCCAAAAAAAUUUAUUUUAGAAUAAGAUUUAAGUGAUAAGGAAGAUGAUUAUUAUUUAUAAGAGUAUUCAAAACAUGGAUAAAGUUUAAAAAAAAAAAUAUAAGAUUAGAUGAUGAAUUAAAAAGAAUUAUAAAUUAAGAUUCCAUAAAUCUCUAUCUAUAGCAAUAUCUUGAGUUCCAAUCACAAAUAGGAUCAUAAGAGUAAUGUUAUGUUGACAUCUGGUAACACUAGGCCUUCAAAUAAUAAGUCAUUUGAUUUGUAAGAUAAUUAAUAAAGAAAACAAUCAGUUGGAUAGUCUCCACAAAACAUAGAGCAAACCAGUUUGGAGAAAUAAAAUUAAAUUUAUAGGGCCUUUUUGAAUUAAUAAUCAUAUCGUGAAAGAAUGGUUAAUAAAAAGAAAUUAAUCGUGAUUUGA